CGGAUGUGUGCGACCGCAUUCUAUAAUUAUUAUAAGCAAAAUCCGCAGGAGGGUAUGUACUUAGUAUAUAUCUCUGCAAAGUAGUAUAUAUCUCUGCAAAGGGCGAGCCGAUGAAAAUGUCUCCAGAGAUAGAGGGAGUGGUCGCUAGGUACCCUGAUCUAUUUGAAGAGCCGAAAGGGGUUGUUGAGAGGGAGGUCGUCCAUGCGAUAGAGGUUAUCCCAGGGUCUAGUAUUCCAAAGGGUAGGAUCUAUCGGAUGUCUCCAGUUGGGCUCCAUGAGCUUCGCCGACAACUCAAGGAAAUCAUAAAGAAGGGUUGGAUCCGGCCGAGUGUCUCCCCUUACGGAUCUCCUGUCUUAUUCGUGCCAAAGAAGGGGGGGACCUUGAGGAUGUGCAUUGACUAUAGGGGCCUCAAUGCCAUCACUGUGAAAAACGUAGAGCCCCUACCGCGCAUCGCUGAUUUGUUGGACCGAGUGCAAGGGUGUCGGUACUUCAGUAAGAUAGAUCUGAAGUCCGGGUACCAUCAGAUUGCAAUACGGCCCGAGGAUCAACACAAAACCGCUUUUCAGACCAGGUACGGUCUGUACGAGUUUGUGGUGAUGCCUUUCGGCCUUUGCAAUGCUCCUGGCACCUCUCAGCACGCCAUGAAUCGGAUCCUUCAUGACUACAUGGACAAGUUUGUCAUCAUGUACCUCAAUGCCAUACUUAUCUUUAGUAGGACUGUCGAGGAUGUUGGCCAUGUAGACAAAGUCCUUAGCCUCCUUCGGCAGUACCAGUUCAAGAUCAACCGGGAGAAGAGCGAGUUUGGCCGCACCCAGAUCUUGUAUCUGGGGCAUGAGAUUUCCGCAGAGGGAUUGAAGCCCGAUGACGCGAAGGUGGCCAGCAUCCGUGACUGGUCGCGUCCUCGGUCUCUAAUUGUGAUGAGGUCUUUCUUAGGGAUGACCGGCUACUACCGCAAUUUUGUGAAGAACUAUAGCACAAUGGCCGCACCUUUGAUGGACCUGACACGCCUUGACACCCCUUAAGAGUGGACAGACAGGUGUGAGGCUGCUUUCAGACAUCUGAAGCAUUCCUUAACAUACCAUGAG